AUGGAUGGCAACCCCUUCACCAUUGAGCAGCUGGUUUCCUUCGCCGGCGGCGCUGGCCAGGGACCCUUCCCAGCGCAUCUCAUGAUGCCGACAAACUUGGCAGGUCAAUGGACCUGGUCAGACUCCAUCUUUGGUCGUAUAGUGAUGGGAUGGUACAACUUCAUCAGCACCGUAGAUGAAACUCAUGACUUCAUGUUUGUCAACAGCUCCUACGCAGAAAUCGAUCCAGUGGACGAAACCACCUUUGGUGACAACAUUUUCCCCUUUGAAAAGAUCAGCGAUGAUGAGUGGCUGCGUGAAGUGUACGUUCUGCGUCGCAUUAUCUACGAAGAUGGCACGCCACACCCGGUGCAGUGGCAGAGAUUCUUGGAUUGGUACUACACCACAUGGCCAAGUGGUCAAAUGGUCGUCUACACCACCAACAACCAGUGCAUUCGGCGCUGCGAGUUUCUGCUCCCAUGUUUCAUUUGCAAGAGUAUCUGUGGCCCAAUGUGA